UUAGUUGGAUUCGUGCCGCGGCUUGAGCAACACAGCGAUUUUUCCACCCCGGGUCGACGGGGACUUCCGCGCAGGACCUUCUUGCAUUUACACACCACUCUUGUGCCGGACGGGGAGAAGAGCAGAGGUUUCUUUUUGCUCACACACUCUUUGCAAUCGCGCUGACAAAUCCUUUUCGGCAAAAAAAACCGAGUGUCGUGCGCCGAUCUAGUGAACUGGUUUUAGUUUAGUUUCUAACUUCUGCUGAUUUUUUUGAGCGGAUUGGAGAAAAGAAGAACAACCGAUCUUGUGUGAGAGGAAAAAGGAUUAAAAGUUGACGGAAAGCAAAAGAAGAAUAUUUUUAAAAAUAUUCAGUUGUGCAAGUUUGGGGAAAAUACAAAAAAGUCACAAAAUAAAAUAAUCAGCUCGUGCUCCGUGAGAGAUUCGACAGUGUGUGAGAGAAGUUCCCCGAAAGUGUGUGCGUCUUUUAUCAGAGAUAACAAAAAAAAAUAAAGAAGGAAGAAAAGUGUCCCGAAAUCGAAUUCGCCCGCAAGUUGAGAAAAAAAAAUCAAAAAGUUUUAUCAAAGUGUCGAGGAAGUGACGAAGGAAUUUACACACAACACAGUGCUUGGGCUUGGCCUGUUGUAACCACACACAGCAGCAAGUCAAAGUAGUCGCGCGCGCGCACACAGCAAGUCAAGCAAGCGAGUGUGCGAGAACGAACGGUGCUGUAUCGGAACGUGAAUCAAAGUAGUCGUCGUCAGCGGCAAGGAAGAACGACGACGACCGACGCCCGCCGCCGAGGAGAAAAGUUACAAGGAAGGCUGAAAAAUAUAUAAAAUUGCCUUCGUGCUUCAAACUGAGUGCGUCGCGGCGCUGAGUUUGCGGUUCCAGACAGGACAGGAGAAGAAAAAUGUAAAAUAGAACCACGAGUAGCAGAACAAACUCCAAGACAGACGCGUAGCCCUCCAAGGACGGGGCCCACCUUUGUUCCAACAACUUGACGUAACGUAACACACACACACAACGGUAACCAUGUCGUCCCAAAGAUUCUGCCUCCGGUGGAACAACCACCAGACCAACAUGCUGUCCGUGUUCGACCAGCUGCUGCACGCGGAAACCUUCACCGACGUGACGCUGGCCAUCGAGGGACAGUACCUGAAGGCACACAAGAUGGUCCUCUCGGCCUGCAGUCCGUACUUCCAGCAGAUCUUCGUCAACCACCCGGAGAAGCACCCGAUCGUGAUCCUGAAGGACGUCCCGUUCAAGGACAUGAAGUGCCUGCUCGACUUUAUGUACCGCGGCGAGGUGUCCGUCGACCAGGACCGGCUAGCGGCGUUCCUCCGGGUAGCGGAAAGCCUCCGGAUAAAGGGCCUCACCGAGGUCAACGACGACAAGCCCCCCCUCCCGACGGCAUCGCUUACCAGCAGCGGAGUCACGGCGACGAGCGGUCAGAACGCCGGUGCGACGGCACCAUCCACACCUACGCAGCAACAGUUGCAGCAGCAGCUGGCGGCCGCCGCCAGCCGGAACACCCAACUGGCCUCGCUGCAGCAGCAGCCGAAGCAAAAGUCGAACGGGGGUGGCCAGAGCAUGCUGCUGACGAAUCCGCUGCUGGGGUCGGCGCUGUCCCAGCAGAAGCGCAAACGCGGCAGGCCGCGGAAACUGUCCGGCAGUGACAACGGGGACGGGGAGUACGACGGGUACGAGAGUGACACGCAGGGUUCGCCGGAUCUAAUGGAGGUGAAGCUGGCCGCUGAUGGUAUGUCGAACUCGGGGGAUGAGAACGUGAUUAGCCGAUCGGCGAUUGGCGGCGAGGACGACGCGGAAGACUCGAUGGACACGACGACCGGAAGUCCGCCUGCGGCGGUCAACAACAACGUCAGCAGCAUCAACAAGAACGCCAACAGCAGCAGCAGUCCCGCCCCUUCCGGUCCAGCGGCCAACGCGACGACCAACAACACCAACGCCACGAACAACAGCCACAAUGCCAAGAGUUCGGCCAGUAGUCUGAGGAACGAAAACAGCAUGUCAGAUUCCAAAGAUUCGUUCAACGAGGACGACGUAGCGCUCGACGACGAGGACGAGGACGGCGAGAAUGGCGCGGAAGAUUCGGACGAGGAGCGCGAGCUCAACUCGAGCUACAUGGAACCGCUGAUGCAGCUGGACGAGUACGACGAGCCGGUUGAGUUCAAGUACGACCCGAAGGCGGAGUCGGGCGAGCGGGCAGAUUCGACGUCGAACAGUUUUCCGCCGCCGCUGCAGGCGAAACCGGGCACGCCCCCGGUUGCGGGGAGUACGGGCCGGAUGCCGUUGAUCAACGUGGUGCCGACGAUGUCGCUGCUGAACCAGCAGCUGCCCAAGUUGGCGCCGCUCUCGUCGGCAGCGGCUGCGGCGGCCGCGGCUGCAGCCGGUCUGUUCAGCCCCAAAUCUCUACCAAAGCUACACAAACGGCCCCGACUGAUGGGCAAGGGGAACGGGAUCACUGCGACGCAGACCAUCCUGAACAACCUCAACAACAACCUGAACGAAAGCUUGAUCUCGACCAGCGGCGGCGCUGGCUCCGGCAGCAGUGGCCUGCAAAUCUCGAACGUCCUGUCGGGGCUGAACACGUCCGACAUGUACGAGAUGUUCUCGAACAACGUGAUGAACUCGCCCAACACGCGCUCCAACUCGAACUCGCCGUCGACGAAGGGUCGCGUCCGAGGAGGAGGAGGAGACGGUGGGGACGCCGGUUCCGGCAGCGAGGGGGGCAGUGGCCGCACCCACAAGUACACUGUGAUUGAAGAUACCGAGGGCAGCGUGCGGGAUUUCUGUACCAAAGAGGGUGACCACGUGUACCGUUGUAAGGUAUGCUCGCGGGUCUACACCCACAUCAGCAACUUCUGCCGGCACUACGUGACGUCGCACAAGCGCAACGUCAAGGUCUACCCGUGCCCGUACUGCUUCAAGGAGUUUACCCGCAAGGACAACAUGACGGCCCACGUCAAGAUCAUCCACAAGACGGAGUACGCGCAGCACGCCUCGUCCGGUGGUUCGGAAGCCGCGCCCUGCAACGUCAACACCAACAGCAACAGCAGCACGAACGGGUCCACGACACCGGUGCCCUCGUCCGCCGCCCUGACCUUCCCCACCAGCGCCGCGCUCAUCAACGCCGUCGCCAACGCCGUAGGUCUCCAGCCAAAGAAUUCCACCUCCUCCGCCGCAAACUCUCCCGGCGGCGGCAUCCGGAUAGUAUUCCCCCCGAUCGGGGCGUCCUCCCCGUCCUCCGCCGCCGCCCCGACCUCCUCCCCAUCCGGCACCAUCACCAUCAAGAAAGAGUUCCAGGAGAAACCGACCUCGUCGUCAUCGCGGCCCUCCUCCCCGACCUCGUCCAGCACGGCCACCUCGCCCAGCUCGACGACGCUGACCAACAGCGGAGCGACGGCCACGGCCACCGUUUGAAACCCUUCUUCCCCUCCGCACACACAAUCACACACACACACACACAACAAGAGGCUACUAACACUAAAGUCUGUCGGAUGGCGCACAAAUGACGUGGGAUCACGCAGAACGAGAGAGAGGAAGCGAGCUGCAAUAACUGUUUUUUUCUUUUUAGUUUUUAUUUUAUGUUUUUGUUGUUUAUUUAAUUGAUUUAUUAUUUUUCUUCGCGCAGACCGAGAUCGUUAAUCAUUCCUUCUAAAGGGUAUUUGUAAUUUUAAUGUAAUUGGAAUUGUACAGAACACACAAACACACAGAGAGAAACACACGAACACAUGUGAAUGCAUCAAACGCAAACAUAGUAAGUACUACGGUAGGACAAAAGUUGAUAAACCCAAGAAACAAGGCUCUUACAUUAAUUUAACAAAAAAAUGUACUGUUUGUAAUAUUUUUUCUUCUUUUUUUGUAAUAAACCUCACGAAACAAUGCUAGAAAUUCACCCCCUCACAAAAUCACCCACAAAACACGUACUGAAAUGUGCGUUGAAACAACCAACUUCACGCAAGUCUUCCCACUUAGAGAAAGUUAAACAAUGCUAAAAACAAGCAGCAUAAAAGUAGUACAAUAAAAAAACUAAAAUAAUCGAAACAGCAAGCGAAAACAAAAAUAUUUAAUUAGUUCUUAGUCGAAAUCAUCAAAUCUACAAUUUUGUUAUGUUUUCCUCCCCCUUUCCCCAACUAACCUUCUUGUUUAAUCAAAGUAUUUCGCCCUCGAAAUCCAAACGUACUAAAACCAACCACAGAAAACACACGCGCGUCUCGCGAAGCAUUAGGAAAUUCUGUGAUGAUGUUACUUUUUUAGUCGAGAGAAAGUACUAUUACUUACCCUUAAAAAAAAUCGUUUUCGAAGCUUUUUUUUUCUUUAAGUUCGCUUUGUGUUGUUGAACACACUUAGAAAAAAAAUUAAAAGGUUGUUAAUGGUUGAAAUUAUUGAAGAGUGAAUAAAUCGGUCAACGAUAACGAUAAAAUUAAGCUUCAUAUUGUCGUCAUCGUUAUCGAUUCCCAGGGCAGACGGUUAUUACAAUAUUCAUGUCACUGUAAUAACCCAUGCUGUUAAAAUAACAGAAAUAGUUAUUUAAACCUUUUGAAUAAUUAAUUUUUGCGUUAGUGUUUAAUAACAGUUUAUAUUAUCACAACAAAAAUUUUAAUUGGUCUGAUAUUGGUUGAAAGCGGUUGAAAUUUGUCAAUACUUGGCCAAUAACAUUUUAUGUUAUUUAUAGCAAGUUUUGUUAUUUGUUAAUUUUGAUUUUAUUGUUAUUGAUUUUAAUAAUUGAAAUAACAGAUUAAUAACAUCUUAAGUUAUUUUUCAAACAUUGAUCUUGCAGUUACAAGAACUGACCUUCCUAGGUUUUUGUUCAAUGUCAAAAAAUGUUAUUUCCAAGUUAUUUUCGUCUGUAUCUUUUGUGAUGUUCCUUUAAUUGAAUGUUUUGCUCACUCUGAAAUUUCAAAACAAAUAUUUUUUUAAACUAGAAGUAAAGUACAAAAAUAUCAGUUUUAAAAAAAUUUCAUCUUAUAGAUAAUAGAUUGCAAAUUUCCAAAAUUAUUUUCAAAAUUUCUUGUCAUCAGUUUUGUAAAAACAAAGUUUUUUUUUAAAUACAGGUUCAUCAAAAUUUGCUUAAAGUUGCCUUCUCACUCUUUAAACUUUAUGUUUAUUUUUGUAUUUAAAAUCUGUGUUUUGAAAACUUUUUUUUUCUAUUCAUAACAUGUAAAAAAUAUCAUCAGGCUUGUGAAAAAAAUAAUUAUCAGUUUUAUUAGAAAAAACCAUUUCAAAAUUUCAUCCUAUUUUUGUCUACUAUUAUAACCAUAAAAUAUAAGUUUCGUAUUUUGAGAUAACUAUUUAAUGAUUUAUUUUUAUCUGCAAUCUGCAAUCUGCAAAGCAAACUGUAUUUCUGUGAAACUCACAUUUACCAUUUAAUUUUUUUUUUCAAACUGUAUUUUGUGAUUUUUAAAAUUUUGUUAUACGUCUUCAUUGAAAAAUUUUAAAAAUGGUUACGUCCUUUAUCAGAUUUCAGAAAAUUUUAUAAAUCUCAUCAGUUUUAUUAUGUUAUUUUUUCCAAAUUAGUUUUUGUCAACCAACAAACUUGUCAAAUUGGACGUGUAAAAACGUUUAUUUAAAACAUGUUUGAUUAUUUUUGUUCUCAAAUGUCAUCGAAUUCCUUGAAAUCUGCUAAAAAAUCACCCUCGUUUGACCAAAAAACUGCGAACUAAAACCACAGACACAAAGUAUUUAGAGCUGUGAGUUGAGAUGUUCAUAAUAAAUAAACUUUUUUUUAAACACCCUUUAAAAAUGCAGUGAAAAUUUAAAUAAAAAAGUUUAGCGAACUGUAUUUUGCAUAAUUUAAUAAAAAUGGUCCGAUAUUUUGACUACUGACAUUUUAAUGACAGUAAACAUUUUAUUUUUUUUUGAAACCGACUUUUUUUACAUUAGCAUUUGUUUUUUUUUUGGCAAUUAAAGAAACAUUUCUCUUGAAAAAUGUAUAUUUUUUGAAGAACUUUCGAAUUUAAUAUUUAUGCAUUUAAAACAGUUUUCAAGAAGAUAUAUUUUUUAAUAUUUUGCAAUCAUAAAUUUAUUUUAGUACAUAUUGCAUUUUUUCAAAAUAUGAUAAAUUUUGAAAACUGAUAAAUUUUGUGAAUGUUUUUAUACUUCGGCCAAAUCAGAGCUUUGAAAAAUGGAUUUGUCUCUCAAAUUGAAAAUUUACUCUGAAAAAUUUGUUUUGCCGAUGAAGUGUUCGGUGAUAGAUGACGAUGACGAUAAUAUCAUGUUAAACUCCCAAUCAAAUAAUUGUUAACAACCUUGACUUUUAGCUUCUUCUCAACCAUAUUUCUCCAAUACUUUUUGGGACGCCCACUUUUCUCAGAUUCAGCAAAGGGGCAAAAAGCGAAAAAUUAAUAAAAUAAUAAAAAAUUACAUUAUAAAAAUUCAAAGUCUGAGAUAGUAGUUAAAUCGACAACAGCAAAAAGUUUAAAAAAUAAAAGCAAAAAAAAAAGAGUCUAUAUUUUACCGCAAAAACAUUUUAAAACGACUUUAAACCAGAACCACUAACAAGUAAGCGAGUGUAACGGCAAAACACAAACACGAGAAAUAAUUCUAGUGUCUAAGGGCAAUUUAUUAGUGGAAGUAAGUGUAGUAGGUCUUUAGCUAGUAAUAUUUAUACACCACAAACACACACGUAGAGAGCUAGUUUGUUUUCUUGUUUUAACAAAGCGCGAAUUCACACAGAUUCAUAAAGUUGACGGAUCCCCUUUUAAAGUGGAGACUUUGGCGCGAAAACAAUCAAAUAUAUAUAUUUAAAUAAUCAAAAAUUAUGUAUUUUAAGUAAACUUAGGUUAGGUGGUUUUAAAUGUCGUGUUUUAAAUACCUGUUGUAUUUUUUUUUUGGUUAUUACUUCUCCUAUUAGAUCACACUUACACAAACACAUAAGCACACCUCUGUACAUAUUUAUUCGAUUGGAGUUUACUAGUGGAGUAAAAAAACAGAAACAGUACUGCAAUACGAUAAUAAUAUUUUGCUCUUAUUUUUCACGAGCACCGAUCCUCACACCUCCGCACUAAUCAAGUUAAUUUUAACCAACGUCAUGCAAAGGUAGAUAGUGCAAUUUUAACGUUUAAGAGCCUUUCACACACUAACACACAGCUCACACAGUUUGUUUUUUUUAGCAGAGCUAGGCCGUAGGAACAGUGUGCGAGAAGCAGUUAGUUGAAUUUUUAUCAAACAAAAAAAUGCAAAAUAUUUUUUUAAUGCAACCAAUUUGUUUUUAUUCUUGUAGUUUAGUAGCUUUUCACCUGUGCACCCCUAGUAACGUAACGUACUCUCUGCACAACCUGGCACAGCCUGCUUGACUGCUAGCGUUUAACACACACACUACUAUUGUUUCUACUGAUCUACAACAAGACAAAAACAAGAAAAAAAGUGACAAUUGAGAGGAAGAAAAAGCAACAAGUAAUUACUAUGUUUUAAUCGUAGCAUAAUUAUUAAUCAUUUUUGUAUUCUUUAUCGAAUAUAUACAUGGUAAAAUAUUAUAUUUUAUAAUUAUUAAUAUAUCAACGCAUAAUUACACGCAAACACACACACCCCCUACACAAAGCAUAUAUUUAAAAGGAGUAAAUAUAAAUGCAAAAAUGCAACCCUUCAAUAAAGAGAAAAAUGUAUAUGUACAAAAA